GGUACCAUGUCCAUCCCUAUAAUAUAUUUGCACCUGGUGACGUGAUGAAAGUGUUGAUUGGCAACAAGUGUGAGCUGGAGUCCGACAGAGUUGUCUCCAGGGCAAGGGGUGAAGAAUUUGCAGCCGAACUCGAAAUUCCUUUCUUGGAGACUAGUUGCAAGACCAACCACAAUAUUAAGCAGGUAAUUUAUCUUGCUGUUUAAAACAAAUGUUUUAGUCCCUAACCCUUUUCCAGACA